CGGGCAUGGGGCAAACUCAAAGCGCGUUUGAAGCGGAGCUGGCGCAAGCGGCGACGGACGGCGACCUCGCUCAAGUGCAGGCCCUGCUGGCGCAAGGCGUGAGCCCAAAUGCAACCAAAUGGGGCUACUCGGCGUUGUACAAUGCAACGUGGAGCCGACGCGAGGACGUUCUCGACUGCCUCUUAGCGGCCGGCGCCAAUGUCAACUAUGGCGGCUCGAACGUCCCGUCCCCACUCGCCGUAGCGGUCGAGCGAGAGGCCCCCGAGGCCAUUUUCCGGCGGCUUCUCGCCGCGGGUGCCACCGUCGACACCAUUUUGUGCGAAGUGCCGCUGCUCGGGCUCGCUGUCGUGAGCAAGCACACGUGGCUGCUGCCGCUUCUGCUGGACGCCAACCCCAACGUCAACCUCGAGACCAAAACCAAGGGCGGUGCGCUGUUUCAAGCCGCCCACAAGGGCGACCUCGACGCGGUCAACCUCUUGCUCGCCAAGGGCGCGCUAGUCAACGGCCGCGACUCCACGCUCACCACGCCACUGUGGACAGCAGCCUGCCACGGCCACGCGGAUGUCGUCGACCGGCUCCUCCUCGCCAACGUCAAUGUGCACCGCUGCAACGACCGGGGCGAAACUCCGCUGUUUGCGGCGGCGGCAGGUGGCCACACCCGCGUCGUCACGAGCCUUCUGGCUGCUGGGGCCAACGUCCACCAAGGCGACAACCAAGGCAUCACUCCGCUGGUCGAGGCUGCCGCAGCCGGCCACGCUGACGUCGUUGCGAUCUUGCUCGCGGCCAACGCCACCAUUGAGUGCACGGCGCGCGGGCCGAUGGUACACGCCGCCACACGAAGCCAUACCGACGUCGUCUUGCUAUUGUGCCGCGCCAUCGUGGACCGAGCUGAUAAGCAAGCUCUCGGACGAGACGCCAGUUCGGACAACGUCCCUGAUGUCAAGUAGUUUCUUCAAGUAUACUAGUAAGCCCGAGUGGCCACCAUUACGAAGGACUACACUAUAUUUUGUUGGAUUGCC